AUGCCAAGUCCAGAGAGCCUCGGAAAGCCACAUUUUACACUUGCCAGUGUUGCAGCACUGUAUUCAGAUACCCUCACACCAGGUUUCAGCAAUGCAGAGCACCAUGCUGCAGCUCGUGCUUUGCUCAGGCAUGAAUCACAUCAAGAUGGCACCCACUAUCACACAGAGACCCCCGGUGGUCUUCACCCCUCAUUUAUCAAGUUCAACAAGAUCUUGAUGUUGCAGGAUCAGAAGAUGAUAAUGCAUGAGGAGUUUGUAGAAGCAGCACUUGAGGACGUUUUUGAUGUGCUUUGUAUGCAAGACCGUCUGGAUGGUGGAAUCUCACUCCUCAUUCACUGCCCUGGGUCUCAGGUGACAGACAGUCUGACGGCUGAACAUAUUGCUGUCAAUGUCUAUGUCACUCCCCAUGAACUUCACAAGUUCCCAGAACAGGUUGGAGGGGACAUCUCACUCUUUGUCCAAGGAUUCUGUGAGCAGAUGGCCAAACACACCUUCAAUGCUUCACAGAGCGGUGUCACAUUGAGGACAUUCAACCUCCCCAUCACUGGUGAAUCCAACUAG